UCGAAAGUGAGUGAGUGCGUUCAUUUGCCCGUAUAUUGGGGAAGCAGCAUCGAUUUGUGGAGUGUUUUCUGCACAUCAUUUUGUGACUUCUACGCUUAUUAACGAUACGGUGACAUUGUUGGUGUGAUAAGUGCGUGUUUGGUGGUACAAAAUUGAUUAUCUGCCAGCAAGCAUGAGCGACAAACAGGACCCUCAAAAUGGCGAUCACCAGAAUGGUCGCAAUGACGAUGAUGAAAUUCGAGAACCGGAACACCUUCGAAAACUGUUCAUUGGUGGACUUGAUUACCGUACUACUGACGAUACGCUGAAAGCGUACUUUGAAAAAUGGGGCAAGGUAGUCGAUGUUGUCGUCAUGAAGGACCCGAAAACGAAACGUAGCCGCGGUUUCGGUUUCAUUACCUACUCGAAGUCGUACAUGAUCGACGAUGCCCAGGCCAACCGUCCGCACAAAAUCGAUGGGCGUGUUGUGGAACCCAAGCGCGCAGUACCCCGGCAGGACAUUAACCGACCGGAGGCUGGAUCGUCGGUUAAGAAGCUCUUCGUAGGCGGUCUUCGGGACGAUUUUGAUGAGGAGCAUCUUCGAGAAUACUUUUCAAAGUACGGCAACGUCAUCUCGGCGUGCAUUGUCACGGAUAAAGAUAAUGGCAAGAAGCGUGGGUUCGGUUUCGUAGAGUUUGACGACUACGAUCCGGUUGAUAAGAUAAUUCUGCAAAAAAGUCACACGAUCCAGAAUAAGUUGCUAGAUGUGAAGAAGGCUCUACCAAAGCAGGACAUGGAUCGGUACAAGAACGAUAUGGGCCGCGGUGGUGGCGGCGGCGGUGGUGGUGCCUGGGGCAACCAGCGAGGAAGUGGUGGUGGUGGGUGGAACAACCAGCGAGGCGGUGGUGGUGGCGGUUGGGGCAACCAGCGAGGUGGUGGGGCGAGCGAUUGGAACAGUGGUGGGUUCAAUAGCGGUGGCGGUUUCAACAAUGGCGGCUUCAAUAAUGGCGGCAACCAAUGGAACAACGGCGGUGGCAAUCCAUGGGACAAUGGAUGUGGCUCACAGGGGCAGGGUGGUUGGGGGAACAACAGUGGAAACUGGGGCGGGAACAGCAGCGGUGGUGGGGGAUGGGGAGGAAACGAAUUUGGGAAUAACUAUCAACAAGGAUACAACGCAGGUCCUGUGCGUGCUGGUGGCAAUUUUAAUCAGCGAGCGGCGCCCUACGGCAAUCAAGGUGCUGGUGGCAGCGGUUACAGUGGCAACGGGAGGUACGGAAGUAACCGUACAUAUUGAUAAGUGAAAGAGGAAGAAGAUGAAUGAUGAUGAUGAUGAUGAUGAUGAUGAUGAUGAAGAUUAUAAUAAGGAGAUCAAUCGGAUCAGAAGAGAUUGAAAGUAAGGAAUACGUUCUCUCUACCUUCACAACUAGAGUGUGUUGUACUCAUUUUGGAAACUAAACUUGCUCUUACCUACUUGUUGCCCGGACACAAAUCAAACGAUCGAUCGUGUUCCACAUUCACUCCAUCCUGUGUUUGUUGUUCUCCGCUACGAUCACUGUUAUUGCCCCACUACUACCGUUCGUGUCCUUAACGAAAUGCCUUGCACCAACCACCACCACCAACACCACCGCCAUCAGCUCGUUUGUUCUACUCUCCAUCGACAGCCCGACAACCCGGCAGGUACAAUAAAGGUUUUAGAAAAUGAUAGCUAAAACGUAACAUUGCAAAACUAAACACAGUAACUGAGGAAACGGCAGGAUUUUCAAUAAUGAUGGCAGUGACAGAACAAGAUUCAUUGCGAAGGGCAUUCGGGAGACAGUGAAGGAAGGAAACAGUCAUUCGUGGUAGACCGCAGCAGCAGAGAGAACAACAGGCACAAGGAUUGCAGGCGUGUCAUCGUGCGCAAGUGGCACGGAGGCAACAGGAACUUGUCUUGCGAGGAAUCAUGCAUAGUGCAUGGAAAGAGUGUUUCGUGCACAAGUAACAAGAAUGCGAUUCCUAGACAGAUCAUAAACCAGCAGCAGCAGCGCCUACUUCAGCUUCACCCACUACUCCCUCUUCAGUUUGAACGGUUUUCAUCUCACGACAAGAUCAGAAGGUGCCGAAGAGGUCUUAACAAAAAUUCACCACACAACCGUAAAACCAACAUAGCGUGUGAUACUGCAAGGAAAAGAAGAUCAUACAGCGAUUUAUUUUUGCUUUUUCAAUGAUAGGAAACAUGCAUUUGAGGAAGUUGCCGAUAAUGAUAGUACAUGAUGAAAGGUAGUAAGAUGACUUGCUAUGCUUCUUUCGGCUGCGGCAAAGGAAUGUAGCCCGCGCCUCGGUGUUUAACGAUUACGGGUUUCCUUCCCAUCCCUUUCGUUAGCUUUGUAUUAGAAUGCUUUAUAUUGUUGACAACCCCUCAAUCGAUUCCUGGAUUAUCACGCACGGACCCAAUCGGUUUCGUAUCAAUGAAAAAAAUCGACUUUUAAAAUGAACGAUAGAGAGGUAGAGAACGCCAGGAAAAGAGAAAGAAAGGAAACGAGAACUUAUCAAUCCGUCUGUUACUUGUAAACCGCUACAGAAGGACUAGCCAUCUCCUUGCACGUUUGUGGUCAAACUGAGAAACAAUUAGCAAGUAAUAAUGCUAUAUUUAUUGUGUAACACUGAGUGGACAAGAGGAAAACUAGCGAGUAGUGUGUGCAAGAGACCUGAAAACAUUUCUAAUUACACAUUACAAUUUCCAUAGGAUCUAGGACAAGUUUUUAUAAUUAUCAUUACCCAAAGCAAAAAAAGGUAUCCAAACUAUACGUGCUCACGUGUCAUGUGAGAAGUGUGUAGAUCAUUGUGAGAUGAGACGAGGCAAAUCUUUCCGUUCGCCAGUAAAACCAUACUCCGGAAGCAGUGGGGUACGGCUCAGUCUGCCGCAAUAAGACCCAAGAAAGCUAGGCAUCGAAACUUAUUUUCUCAUCUUUCUUUGAAAACCUAUAGCAGAACUCUGAUAGCUGACAACACAAUGUGAAAUGCAAAGUGUUUAAGUAGCAAUCUGUUUGUAGUGGAAAAUAAAUAUUACAAACAUCCAGUCACAUCGUUCAGGACAAAAUAAUGCAGAAUCAGGCUGUAUUAAUUUAGAAGAAAAGAUGUCAGGCACGGGCAAGAGUAGGGCUGUAGAGUGUAGAGUCGGUCAUCAGUUUCGAAUUUUUUUUGAAUGUAUAUAGAUAUGUUUUUUUUGUAAGAUUCCAAAUGAGUUUCAAUUCAUCUACUACUACUAAUAAUGGCAAAUGUGACAUAGACGAAUUACUUUUGUUUUGUGUUUUGACUUGUCGAGUGUAAGAAUGUGUGAGCGUCUAAGGGUAACAAUGAAACAAAUAAUGCACUUGCAAACUCGUCUCAGUUUUCAGUUAUUUUGUGUUGUCUUGUGGUACUAGCGUUCUGAAAUUUUGUAUGUGGACCUCUUCACACUGUGGAAAUUUAAGAAAAGAACAUUUUUGCAAACAGUAAUUGUUUUGUUUUCCAUACAAUAAUAACACUGUCAGAGAGAAUCGUUAGAAUUUAUACUUUUACCACAAUCGAUGAAUAUUGUUUGACUUAAAUCAAAAAUGAAAACCACUUCACUCUAACGGUUCCCUAAUACAACAGUAGAAUUUAUUGGAGCUAUGUCGGCAGUACGAUAAUACGAAAAUAAAGAAGACAGUAAUUCAAGUCACAGUAUAAAGAUCAAUAAAUCAGACAAAGAGCGAGCAGUUUCAUUUUAUGUAUUAUAUUGUAUUCCUCUAAUAUUCGUCGAUUUUUGUCGAGCUUCAGAUUGUUGGUUUUCUCGAUAGUUUCGUCAGAAUAAUCAGAACUCCUACAGAGAAGCAGGAUCGGAUCGCAGUGAAAGGAGAAAAAAGAAGACGGACAACUAUGAGAAAAGAAGACACAGCAUUACACGAUGACAGACUGCGGAAGGGGAGGACCCCUAUAAGUUAUCAAAGUACAAAAAGGAAUAAUGCAAGGAGGUCCAUAAUGUAGCCAAGAACUGUGCUUCGCCGGUGGUAUAGCGUUUUUGGUGUGUAGUGGCUUCAUUAGAAGGAAAUGGAGAGUUUUCCGUUUAGAUAUGUUCCGCAUUCGCUGCUGCAACGUUUGUUGAAGGUUUGUAAGAGUGUAACGGUUGAAGGGAACAGAGAGACUCACUGUGCUCCCAGGCCCUUAGUGCAGGUGUAGUAACGAUCGAUUUGGCGAGUUCGGUAGGUUCUGGCUUCCUCCAAUUGGUUUAACAUUUCAACACAAAUUUUCACAGGGUACGACGACAUUUUCUCGAGGGCAUUUCUAGAAUGGAGAUAUGUAUGAAUGAUUGCACGCUGUGGUCAUGAAAGAUGUGAAUGUGUGGAUCCAAAUAGUAGAUGCUAGCAAUUAUUUUGAUCGGUCUCUGGCCGUGUAGUGGGUUUGCGUGUUAUACUAUUUCCUUUCCGUCGCUGUUUUUGCUUCCAUUCUACAAACAAAGAAGCAUCAUCAUUGGUUCAGCGGCGGCUUAACAGCUGAUUGCUUCACUUUUCCUAACAAACUCUUCAGAUGUUAAACCCUUGUCAAAUGAGAUGCAAACCUUAAUAAGCAACCGCAGUUUGGGUGCAAUAGUUGGUUAGUAACUCAAAAUUAUGGUAUUAGUUUUUGUGUUAACAAUUGAUCUCUUUGUAGCUUAUGUUUCGUCAUUUAAAUCUAUGUUUAGUUUCUUUUUCGUUGUAUUGUGGGGAAAGUUUCUUGUGUGUUUUUCAAAGGAUGUUCCGAAUCUUUCGUAUGAAUAUAAUUAAAUGUAUACAUGAUCCAGCAACUAGGUACUCACGCUCUACCGUACAGAUGCCGCUUCUUGGAAAUUGUAAGUAGAAUAACCAUUCGGUUUUUUCGUAAAGUAGGAAUUCAAAAGCGCGUUCCGUUGCCUGAAGACACUAUGCUCCGUCCCUUGGGUGAUUGGAGCGCAAUGGUAAGUUUAUACCACCGUAUCCUUCCUCAGGUUUUCUCAAUAACAACAACUUAAUACUGGUAGUUUAAU